AUGGAGACUCAGUCAGGCCUCAAUGGCCCCAAUGCAGCCUCAGACUAUAACACGCGCCAGGCCGUCUCCGCGUUGGUUUCAGCAAUAGCCGCUGCACCCAUUGGAUCGCAGUCAGCGAAUCCUUUGAGGGAUGCUUCACCGGAAGUCAGAAACCUCUUCCUCACGCUCUACGCCCUGUACGAGAAGGAGCUGCUUCCAGCAUUGGACCUACUUGACAGAGGGCUUGUAACGCGCCUCAAAGUUUCCAAUGCCAACCUGAGGCUACUCCUCGUACGAUCCGCCCAACAGCACAACACGCGCAACUCUGCGUAUGAACACGUCAACUACUAUGGAGUCCGCCUAGACGCAUGGAGCUGUUCAUGCCCAGCCUUCACAUUCUCAGCCUUUCCGGCUGCCAGACAGCACUCGGACGAGCCGAGCGCAAAAAGCGACAGUGCUGCCAAUGGGAAGGAUUGCCUCUUUGGAGGGCUUAGCCGUGGUACUGAUCUGCCCAUCUGCAAGCAUCUACUGGCAUGUGCACUGGUCGAGCAUGGCCAGAUGUUUGCCCACCUUGUGGACGAGCGCGAUGUAUCGGCUGAGGAGAUUGCUGGAUGGGCUGCUGGCUGGGGUGAUUGA